AAUUGAAUGACAUUUGAUAUUAUUUCAUCAGUUCCUCAAGGACCACGAGCACCCUGUUGGCUACACAAAAUGUAUAUAUUAACCACUCACACUCAAAUUUGAAAUAACACAAAAAUAAAAUGGAAGAGAAUGGAAGCAAAAAAAGCAGUCUCACAGCAUAUUUUAUCCCGUACUUAACACCCAGUCACUACUUACCACUCUUCCAAAUUGCUAAGUUGUUUGCAUCCCGCGGGGUGCACGUUACAUUCCUUACCACCUAUCACAACUCCCUCUCUUUUCGCGAUUCCAUCGAUUCUCUCAACAAACUUGGCCUUCACAUUGACCUCGAUUAUGUUCACUUCCCCAGCAAGGAAGUCGGCUUGCCCGAGGGGGUUGAGAACUUCAGUGCCUCUUCUAACUUGGAAAUUGCCGGUAAAAUCUUCCGAGCUUUUUUCAUGCUUCAAGCUCCCAUCGAAGCUAAGGUUCGGGCUGCUAAGCCUGACUGUAUCGUCGCUGAUAUGCACUGUUUUUGGACCACUGAUCUCGCCGCCAGCCUUGGUAUCCCACGUUUGAUUUACCAUGUUCGAGCUGCUUUUGCCCUCUCAGUUGUUGAUGCCAUUGAUAGGUAUACUCCUUAUGAGGAUGUCAAGUCUGACGAUGAACCCUUCCUAUUACCGGGACUCCCACAUCCAAUAUACAUGACCCGCUCCGAACUUCCGCAAUGGAUCCAAACUCCAAGUCCCUACACCACAUUCUCCAACAAAGUUAAAGAAGCUGAUCGCAACUGUUAUGGUGUCAUCGUUGAUAGCUUCUAUGAGUUGGAGAAAGACUACAUAGAUUAUUUCCGGACCACCUUGGAACGUCGUACUUGGUGUAUCGGCCCUCUUUUCCUACACCAUGAUCUUGUUCUCAAAAAACUCAACUCCGGCUUGGAUAACAAUAGCAACAACAAACACCCUUGUUUGGAAUGGCUGGAUAAAAUGCCAAAAGGAAAAGUUGUGUAUGUAAGCUUUGGAAGCAUAGCAAGGUUUAGCUCAGCUCAACUGUUUGAGAUUGCUGAGGGACUUGAAUCUUCAGGCCAACCAUUUAUUUGGGUGGUCCGGAAGACGGAGGGGGAGUCGAAAGAGAUAGCGGAUAAAUGGUUACCCGAGGGAUUUGAGGAAAGGAUUUCUGAGAAAAGCAUUGGGAUGCUAAUAAAAGGAUGGGCACCCCAACCACAGAUAUUGGAGCACCCUGCCACUGGUGGGUUCAUGACUCACUGUGGCUGGAACUCAUCGGUAGAGUCCCUUACGGCGGGGCUACCUGUGGUGGCUUGGCCUCUCUCUGCUGAACAGUUCUACCAUCGAAAGUUAUUUAUCGACGUAUUAAAGAUUGGUGUUGGGGUUGGGAAUAUGAAGUGGAGCUCCAUGAUUGACGGAACAGACGAGUUAGUGAAGAGAGAUAAGAUAGAGAAUGAAGUGAGAGAGUUGAUGGGUGAUGAUGAGGAGGCUCAGGAAAGGAGGAAGCGAGCUAAGGAGUUUGGCAUUGCUGCUAAGAAGGCUGUUCAACAAGGUGGUUCUUCUUAUGAUGAUUUAACCGCUGUCAUUGAUGAACUACAACGUCUCAAGACAACAAAUGAUGUUGCAUGAUUCCAUUGUUUCUAUUGGGAAUAAAGUUAAUGACACUGAUCACAUUAAGCGUUAAGCGAGUUGAAAUUGUGCUCAAUUAUGCACCAAUUAAAAUUAAGUGAUUAUGAUUAAGGAAAUUGUGCUUGUUUUCUAGAUAAUUGUUGUAGAUGUCAUAUGGCAUAUAUAAUAAUCUUCCUUUGUUCUUUUUUUUUUAAUAUAAAUGUUUGAAGAUCAAUAAAAAUAAUGUAAUUGUUACAGGGCAAUAUGAAUAUUAAUCACCUUGAAGUUUGGAGGGAAUUUCUGUUAGAA